AUGGCAGACAUCCUAACCCAACUGCAAACCUGCCUGGACCAGCUCGCAACCCAAUUCUACGCUACUCUGGGCUACCUCUCAACAUACCACGACAACAGCCCAGCCAUCCCACCCCCAAACGUCCCCAACGCAGUCCCAGCCCUAGCAAAGAUAACCAAAAACUCAACAUCCCCUCCAAUCCCAGCCUCUCUCGCCUCGAAAGGCGGCACCGAAGUCGCCGGCCACGGCUCCCCGCCUCCACAACCACCACAACAACCUGGUGUCGCCGGUCCAUCAGAAGGCGAAGACCCCAACCAGCCCCCACAGCCUGACUCCCCGCGCACAUUCGCGAGUCGGCAGCGGGAGCUUGCGCGUGAUCUUAUCAUCAAGGAGCAGCAGAUUGAGUACUUGAUUUCGGUGCUACCGGGCAUCGGGGCCUCAGAGACGGAGCAGGAGACUAGGAUUCGGGAAUUGGAAGUCCAGCUGAGAGAUGUUGAGCGAGAGAGGGAAGUUAAGAUUGAGGAGUUGAGGGGCUUGAAAAAGAGGCUGGAGAGUGUGCUUGGGGCUGUUUCAGUGGGUAUUUAUGGGGAUAGGGAAUAUCAGAAAUGA